AUGAAGGCCACUGAAUUAGUUAUUGUAUGGACAGUAAUAGCAUUUAUUCUGUACAAAUUUGGCAAUGUCACAUUCGCCAAAUAUCGCCAACGUUCUAAAGCUCGAAGGCUGCGGUGCGGGCCCAUCCCCGUUUACACGCCCGGUGACCCAUUCGGAAUUUACAGUUUCUACGAGACUAUGAAGGCAGCAAGUGAAAGUCGGUUUCCUGAAUGCCUGGUGCAACGAGUGAACGAUGUGAGCAAGAGAGAGAAUAGGCCCAUUACAACGUUUUGGAACACUACGGGCGGGGGGUCUAGCAUUUUCACAUGCGACCCAAGGAACAUCCAAGCAGUACUUGCGACGCAGUUCAAAGAGUUUGAACUGGGCGAAUUGCGCAAUGCAUCCUUCCGUCCCAUGCUGGGACAUGGAAUUUUUGCUUCCAAUGGAAAGAAGUGGGAGCAUUCACGCGCCAUGCUUCGUCCGCAAUUUUCCCGCGACCAAAUCAACGACCUUAACUUAGAGGAAAAGCACGUCAUCAAUAUGAUCAAAGCCUUGCAGAUUGACUCGGAAGGUUGGACUGCAGCUGUCGACCUAAAGCCCUUCUUUUUCCGACUCACUAUCGAUGCCGCUACGGAGUUUCUCUUUGGAGAAAGCGUGAUGAGCCAGCUCGGUGAGGCUGUCUCAAAUGACAUUCCCAACAAAUCGCUGCUUGGUAGGAGAGAGAAUCGAUUUUCCAGCGCUUUUGACAAAGCGCAAUACGACAUUUUUCGUUCUGGCCGCAUGGGAAGGAUGUAUAGACUUGGACACACCUCGGACUUGCGAAAAAAUGUUCAAGAAGUGCAUGACUUCGUUGACUAUUACGUCGAAAGAUACGUUUUUCUUAAUGCGAUUGCUGAGGAAACUCAGAAUCCUAUCGAGUUACGGGACGCACUGCUCAAUAUCUUACUUGCCGGUCGCGACACAACAGCAUCUCUUCUUUCCUGGGUCAUGAUAGUGCUCUCUCAAAACGAAGCAAUUUUUGACAGACUGCGUCAGACUGUGCUACUUGAAUUUGGCACAUACGACAACCCUCGAGAGAUCACCUUCCAAAAGCUAAAGAAUUGUGUCUAUCUGCAGUGGACUCUCAAAGAAACUCUUCGGCUGUAUGCUGUUGUGCCCAUCAACCAACGAGCUGCAACGAUCGAUACUACAAUUCCCGUCGGGGGAGGACCUGACGGGGAAGCUCCUGUCUUCGUGCCAAAAGGGACCGAAGUAUAUUACAGUGUUCAUGUAAUGCAUAGGUCGAAAGAGCUCUGGGGUGAUGACGCAGACGUGUUCCGUCCAGAACGGUGGCUAGGCAAAAAGUAUGGCUGGGACUACCUUCCAUCCAAUGGAGGGCCACGGAUCUGCCUGGAUCAGCAAUUCGCACUGACAGAGGCGGGUUACGUGGUUGUCCGAUUGUUGCAAAGGUUCGACAAAGUCACGGCAGCCCAAGAGAACAAGAAGACAGGAUACCGAAUGACGCUUACGUGCGCUCCAACUGAAACUCCCUGA